AUGCCCUGGCAACCUCUUCCACGCAUCGCAUUCGCCGUCGCAACAUACCCAUUUGUUGCUUCCUCGCCCGCAGAUCUUCCACUUGAGCUUGGGGAUGAAUUAUACAUAAUUGAACAAGGUGGGAGAGAUUCACAAUGGUUUCGAGGAUAUUUAGUUGCUCCGCCAAAUCUACUGGCGGGCUUGACAAGUAUAAAAGGGCAGACUCUUGAAGCUAGGGUCUUCUCUGGAAUAUUUCCAACUAGUUGCGUAGAAGUUCGGGAGGUUCUAGGAGAUGAUGAGCGUGAAAGUCAGGUUUCUACGGAGGACGGAGACAUUGUCAACGAGCACGGAUAUACGAAUGGCAUUUUGGAAAAUAAGAGCUCUAGUCCUAUCAAUGGCGCCCACAUUCAUCAGCCCAAUCGAUCCGCAGAUCUCAACGGCGCAAACGGACAACCUGCGAAGAAGAAACCGAAGAGCAAGGGUUUUAAGAACGGAAAUACAAAUAGAUUUUCAAUUGUUGCGAAACGAGAACCUGGCGCACCGAAGCCACCAGCUCCAGUACCUAUGCUGAAGAUUGGAGACGAGACACCAACUUCUGCCUCCGAACCGUUAGUGGACGAAAUUGCAUCCUGUUUAAGAGAAUGGCACUCUACAAACUUGCACGAGCUCUUGCUUUCGAGACAAUAUCAGAAGUUGGAUAAGAUGUCAGCAUUGGUCAAAACUCUAGAUCUUUCAAGAAGGCAAAUUCUGCACAAUGUCUGCACAAAGCACGAGCUUCAGUCAUUGAGGGAGAAAACAGUAUGGGAUCUCGUGAGGGGGAACAAAUUGCUGAAUGGGGAAGUUAUUGUUCGAGAUCCUGCUGCCCACGGUAGGGUUCUCACAGGUGAUGAUUCAGCAGUGGAUGUCACUAGACUCCAAUCUAUGAUGAGUUUGUUGGAUGAAAAGCCGCAACUUUCGGUCCAGAACGAGAAUAUGGUACUCCACCAUCUCUUGUUGGACGUGAAGGCUUUUGUUGGAGUGUCUACGGAAUCUACAACUCUAUCCUUUUUCUUGGCUGCCAAAAAGCCGGGUUCGGCAGGUGUGGCACUUUCGGAAACUUAUAUUGUAGACGUACCUCCUAGUGCUUCUCUUGCAAGUGUUGGGAAAUCGGGACAAAUGAGAACUCUCUUUACGGACCUCGCAUCCACUGACGUCGGAGAUCUCCUUUCCACGGAAGGCGAGUUGUAUCUUGUAGUGAAGGUGCAAUCGUCGUCACAAGUUUUAGCAGGCAAACCUCCCUCUCGCGGCGGAUCAAGAGGCAACUCAUUGUCUAGGGACAGUUCUAGCAAGGAUCGGGAGAAACCUACAUCUGCUGGCGCUGCAUCGAAGGCAGGUAGGAGGAGUUUGAUGUGGGGGAAGACCAGGACUCCAUCCAACGCGACCAAGCUUACGUCUCUCUCUGAAGCCGAGACCGGCGCCGAAUCACAUUCUAGUCGAGAUGGUGCCAAUAAAAGCUCUUCGUCACGAAAUGGUGGAGACGCUAAGCCCGGAGUUUUGACUCAAACUAUCUCGAAGACUGUUGGUAUGGGAGCUUUGAAAUUGAGCUCACUGAUGAAGAAUCAAGAUGAAGCUGAGCAAGUCAUGAGUAUAUGGGCACCGUCAGCUGCUUCUGGGUAUGAGAAGCCAAGUCUAAGUGAUGGAUGGGAAGAGAUAAUUCGUGAUUUAAUGACAAGCCAAUCCGGUCAGUAUGAAAAGUCCCGAAGGACGGAACGUCUACAGGUAUAUCUGAAGGCAUUCAACAGCCCGGAUGCAGAUGGACUGAUCAAGUCUACUCCAACAUUACUAUCAGGAAUCUUGAAGACAAAUAAAAUGGGCUUUUCAGGAGCGCCAACAAAGCCAAGAUCAGAUAUCUAUGUCACUAUUGAUGACGCCUUUCUUCCCAAACAUGCUCUUCUGUCACGAUCGGUUGGCAGUGCGAUGCCUGUAUCCUCGUCCUUUGAAGGGUCAAAUCUUCAAGUAACUAUGGAAGUAAGAAAGUCAAGCGGAGAACGACUCGAGGGCGCCAUUUACCCAUCAUCGAAUGCAGAGGGACAAAGUUCUUGGGAGUCGGUAGCAGCCGAACGAGGCGAUGCAUGGAGCCAAACACUGCGCUUAUCUAUACCACAGCAAGAGGUUUCGAAUUGCCAUCUGGUGAUGGUACUUGCGGAUGCACCAAAUCAUCCCCUUGCUAUAUGCCAUAUUCCACUUUGGGAUCAGCAGGCUUUCAUGCGAGACGGACAUCAUUGUUUACUUCUGUACAAAUACGAUGAGACAACCAUGUUACCUCGAGGCAGUUCGGCUGGUAAAAGUGGUUAUCUCACCCUGCCAUGGAAUGCUGGCGGGAAAGAUGAGGCUGUCACUGGACCGAUCGCCACUCUUCGUAUUCAAACAUACCUAUGCAGUACAAAAUUUUCACAGGAUAAAGUGCUCCUACGGAUACUCAAGUGGAAAGACCAGCCGUCAGGAGAUCUGCAGCAGCUUUUACAACGACUAGUCUUUGUCUCGGAGAUUGAGAUUGUGAAGUUACUUAGCGAUGUGUUCGAUGCGAUCUUCGGAAUACUCGUCGAACACACCGGAAACGAUGAUUACGAAGACCUCAUUUUUAGUGCUCUAGUUACAGUCCUUUCCAUUGUACAUGACCGACGAUUCAAUCUCGGCCCCUUGGUUGAUCAAUAUGCCGAAACUCGAUUCAACUACCCAUUCGCAUCACCGUGCCUCGUGAGGUCUUUCACUCGUCUGCUUGCCAGCCCUUCUGAUCCAGAAACCUCGAGAAAACUGCGUGCUACAUUCAAGGUGGUUCGACAUAUCUUAAAAUUCAUCACUCAUGCGAGAGGGCAGCAGAAAGUGAAGGAAGCUGACAUCGGGAUUACUCGUUCGAGUUCAGGGUUUGGCCGCCAACUCCGCCAGAUUUUCAAGGCACUUGAAGGAAUGAUGAGAACCACGGCGCCCAUUUUGGUAGGAAGUCAAACAUUGGCUGUGCAACAUUUUCAUACUUGGCUUCCAGAGCUUACCGGCUUGCUCAGCAGAGAGCAGAUUUUGCAUAUUGCCAUUGACUUCAUGGAUUCAUGUGCAUUGGUAAAGGGAAAACUCAUAUUGUAUAAACUUGUUUUAAUCAUUAAUUAUUCUCGACUGGAUCUAUUUACUCAACCCGAACAGAUGAAGGCUAUCGCUGCGAACACGGCUAGGUGGAUCUUACCACAUUGGGGUAAGACAACAGAGGUCACCGAACAAUGGAGGGAGCAAGUUCGACUUUGUUGUUCAAUUUUGGCGAUACAAAUGAAUAAUUUGGGCCCUGAAAUUCCUGUAUACAUACCUAAAAUCGUCGAUUCAUAUCUUACACUACGUACAGGCGAAGUAAAGUCGCAGACUCGCUUGUCGUUGCUAUUCCCCACCGCGUAUCCUUUUCCCAGUAAAGUUAUCGCCGAGAAGGCGGAAUUCGAUGAAGCACUUAUUGAGCUUUCGGCAGUCCUAUCUUCCAUCUCAAAUCUACCUGCAGGUAUGCAGCUUGAGCUUGCACAAGGCGACAUGGCAACUUUAAUUGAGGGUCUCUUGAAUAUUCAUCUAAGCAUAUUAGGAUGUGAGGCAUUUCCACAAAAUUGGUUGAGCAUUCGCAUCUUCCACCACAAAUCAACACUCAAAACACUCGAGUAUUUGGCCGGUAUUCUUCUGGACGGAUUCAUACCUCACCCUGACGAUGCGGAAGAAUAUAAUACCGAAUUGUGGAAAGCAUUCUUCACUACUUUACUCAAACUCGUCGGCAGUGAUUCUUUGGCACUGGAAACAUUCCCGGAGCAGAAACGAAGAGCAGUAUGGAAGAUUGCUGGUGAUGUGCGUGAGAAUGGCGCGGAGCUCCUGAGGCGAACGUGGGAGUUCACUGGUUGGGAUACUACCCCUGAAGAGCGACAGAAAUACGCUUUAGCCAAAAUGGGAGGUUACCAAGUUCAAUAUGUGCCUGCACUUGUCGGACCAAUCCUUGAGUUGUGUCUUAGUGUGCACGAAGGUCUUAGGCGCGUCGCAGUGGAAGUUCUACAGACCAUGAUCGUCAGCGAAUGGACUUUGAGUGAAGAUUUAAGUGCUAUCCAAACUGCAAUUAUCGAGUGCCUAGAUCAGCUCUUCAAAUCGAAGCCCUUGACAGAAAGCAUUCUACAGAAAUUGUUCAUCAAUGAGCUAUUCACCUUAUUUGAUAACUUGUCUCGAAAUCCAGAUGAUCUGCUUUACAAUGCUAUAAAAGACCUCAUUGGUACCACUGAUGAGUUCCUGGAUCUUCUCGUUGCGGUCAAUAGUACGGACGUCACCGGUGAAGCUUCUCAUAUGAUUCAUCGCCUACGAUUAAUGGAAUUUCUUCGAGAUAUGCAGAAGGAGGAUAUCUUCAUUCGAUACGUCCACCAACUUGCAGAGUUGCAGACAAAUGCUGGAAACCACACUGAAGCCGGACUUGCAUUGCGUCUUCAUGCCGACUUAUACCAAUGGGAUCCUUCCAAAAUACUGCCUCCGUUGGACGAACCAGAUUUCCCUGCCCAAUCUCACUUCGAUCGAAAAGAAAGAAUUUAUUUCGACAUGAUCAAAAACUUUGAAGAGGGUGAGGCAUGGAGUAGUGCCCUGUCCGCCUACAAAGAACUGCAAUAUCAAUACGAAGAGAAUGUUUUCGAUUUCUCUAAGUUGGCUAGAACACAACGAGCAAUUGCCACAAUUUACGAAUCAAUUUCCAAGGCCGACAAAAUCGUUCCCAAGUACUUCCGUGUUAUUUACCGAGGAAUGGGCUUCCCUCAGAGCUUGCGCGACAAGGAAUUUGUGUAUGAGGGAUCUCCUAAUGAGCGAACUUCGGUGUUCACAGAUCGCAUGCAAGAGCAACAUCCUUCGGCUCAGAUUGUCACUGCUGGCGAUGUGGACGACGUAGAAGGUCAAUUCUUGCAAAUAUCCUCCUUGAGCCCGCAUCGAGAUCUUGCUCAUCACGUCUUCCAACGUUCUAAAGUCCCUCAAGUCAUUCGAGACUAUCUACUCUCCGCAAAUCCUCGUUAUUUCUCCACCACAUCUCGCCGCACUACUUCAGGCCCGAUCAGUGAACAUUCAGCUGAGAAGAUAAUCUAUGCUACUGUAGAUACAUUUCCAACAAUUCUUCGCCGCAGCGAGAUUGUUUCCGUGGAUAGAUAUAAGCUUGAUGCUCACCAAACAGCUCUUGAACGAAUCAUUCGCAAAACCCAAGAGAUGACUGCCGUGGAAAAGAGGAUUGCAGAUGGCGAAGAUGAUAUUGCACCACUGUUAAUUGAAGCAAUAAGUAUAUCCGUGGAUCCUAAUUCUGAGACCAGUAUCGCGAGAUAUAGAGAAUUGCUGCCUCAUUCUACACAGAGUGAGGACGAAGAGGGGGAAACGGUAGAGCUAGGACCGAUAGAUAACGCCCUCAAAAUUGCGCUGAUAGAUCAUGCUAUUAUGAUCAAAAGAUGCCUGGCUAUGUUUGCAAAAUCGCCCAAUCUUCACAGUCAGGAUGAUUUGCAGCACUAUUUUGAACAAACAUUUGCGUCCGAGCUCGCCUCUCUACAAAUUCUCCAACCACUUCUCUCAAAUACUUCCCCAGGCCUCGUUCCAGGCUGGACACUUUCGCCUUCAUCAUCCAAGGGAGAUCUCAUGAAUAACUCACAGGGACAUCUGGCACUUCCCCAUUCCCAAUCUUUCACACACGGUACUAUCGAUACCAGCAUUCUCGAUAGUCCCGAUCACACCCGCGCAACUGGCGCUUCUAAACGUCUCAGUUCAUUCCUUCUCAAUCGAAAUGGAAGUGACGAUCGAGAAAAUCGCCCUCCGAAGAAAGAAAAUCGCAAGAGCUUCUUUAGUGGGAAUGGAUUAAGUAUGAACGGUAUUUCCAUAACACAUAAGGACCGUGGCCGAAAAGAAGCUGUAGAUGAUUUUGCCAUUUCUGAAGAGAAUGAUUUGUCGCAUAGUAUGGAAGAUUCUAAGGAAUGGGUAACGCAGAGCGAUCUUUCGGUUCAGCCUCCUCAAGGAAACUAUACUACAAGUAAUGUAGCUAAUGGAAGGAGAAGCAGUAGUUCUCAACGCAGACCAGGCACUACGGGAACAGGUAGUAGCCAAGGUAUAGGGGGGCUGGGAAUGGGAAUGGGUAUUGGAAUGGGAAGUAAUAGUAGUGGAUUUGGUGGAAGUGUGAGGAAGAGGUUUAGUGUGUUGAGGUUGGGGAAAAAAGCGAGUACGGUGGGGAGUGGGUUGAGUGGAGAUUUAAAAGAGGAAUAA